AUGGCCGAAGAACGGGCGAUAUUGACCCUAGGCAGCCCAGCAUUUGCCGUCGAGGCACGGAAUUUCGACUAUCAACGCCUCCUCGAUGAUUAUUUGGUCGAAAGCAUAUCCUUGUCUGAAGUUGCCGACCAUGCCAGUCUCACCAUUGCGAUCGCCAAGGCAGUAGCAGCACGAAUCUCAGCGGGAAAACCUGGCUACGUUGCUUUUAUCUGGUUCUUCGGGACCAGCCAGUUCUCGCCCUUCGACGAAGCUAUGCUCAGACCUUUGACUGGGAGCGGAUGCCGCUUCUUCAGCGGUGGCGGCGCUGGAUACGACGAUGUCGGAACUCAAUGGAUGGCAUCCCAGAGCGCCUAUUAUUGCAAUACUCCAACGGCCAUAUCGAUCUCCACCGCAAACGGUGCCCUGAUGCUCAUGUUGGCAGUGAUGAGAUCCGCUUACCAGGGCGAUGUGUACACCAGAUCUGGCAAAUGGCGUGGCGACAUAUCUGACCCCAAAGAUAUAUACCCCAUAGGACUGGACAUCGAGGGUCUAACUCUGGGUAUCAUCGGUAUGGGUACGAUCGGGAAAGCGCUUUCGAUUCGAGCACAAGCAUGCGGGAUGAACGUCAUAUACUACAAUCGACGCAGGAUGCCUCAGUCGGAGGAGAAUGGAGCUCGUUUCACCUCUCUGGACGAGCUGCUCACUACCUCAGAUGUCAUUUCUCUCAAUUGUCCCCUUACAACGGAAACUCGACAUAUCCUGGGUGCCGCUGAAUUUAACAAGAUGAAGCACGGGAUGGUUAUCGUCAACACCUCAAGGGGCCCGGUUAUCGAUGAGGACGCGUUGGUCCAGGCGCUCAACUCAGGAAAAGUGUCGAGAUUCGCAGCAGAUGUCUUCGAGAAUGAGCCCGCAAUACAUCCAGGUCUCCUUGAACCACACUUGGCUUACCGGGUCAUGCUGCAACCACAUUCGACUGGACGAACGACUGCGUCCUUCGUCAAGGGUGAACGGCAGAUCAUCAAGAGUCUGCGUGAAUAUAUGUCUGGGCAGCGGCCCGAGUAUACCGUUAAUUUACAGUAG